CACACACACACACACACACACACACACACACACACACACACACACACACACACACACACACACACACAGAAAUGAACGUUUACAUUUAGACAAGGUGAACAUUGGGUGGAGUUUGCAAUGUCUUCAUUUCACAACGCCAUAUUUUCAUUGUAGCCCAGCAUUCCUGAGUGACAAUUUCUGUGGUAUUCUUUCUUCUUUUUAAAGAUGGAUGAGUACGACAUUAUUGACGAUGCUGAAAUUGAAGAAAUUAAAAAGUCACUAGCCACUGAAGAUCUGCCAUCAGCUGUUGACAAGAUUAAGGAUUACUUGGAACAACAAGACCGUGUGGAACUGAACAUUGCUAUAACAGGAGAGUCUGGAUCUGGAAAGUCCACAUUUAUCAACGCUUUCAGGGGUUUAGGGGAUGAAGAUGAAGGCUCUGCAGAGACUGGUGUUGUAGAGACCACUACAGUGCCUACUGCUUACCCUCACCCCAAGUUCCCAAAUGUCAAAUUAUGGGAUCUUCCUGGCAUUGGAACUCCAAGAUUCAAAGCUGAUGAUUAUCUUAAACAGGUUCAAUUUGAACGUUAUGAUUUUUUCAUCAUCAUAGCAUCAGAUCGUUUCAGAGAAUGUCACGCCACUCUGGCAGCAGAGAUACGAAAUAUGAAAAAGAAGUUUUAUUUUGUACGCGCAAAGAUCGACUGCAAUAUUGAGGCUGAAAAAAGGAAGAAGACAUUUAACAAAAAAGAGACACUGGAGAAAAUUCGAGAGAACUGCAUUAAAGGGCUGGAAGAGACUGGUCUAAAGUCUCCAACUGUCUUCCUGAUCUCUUGCUUCGAACUCCAUCUCUAUGAUUUUAGCUGUCUUGAGGAGACCAUGGAGAGAGAACUUCCUAAGCACAAGAGAGAUGUACUGAUUCUGGCCCUUCCAAACAUCACUCUGGAGAUCAAUGAGAGGAAAAAGAUGGCACUGCAGAGCAGCAUAUGGAAGUUGGCUCUGAUCUCUGCUACAGUUGCAUCUGUGCCGAUACCUGUUGUAAAUGCAGCUGCAUCAAUCAGUGCAGAUGUGACCAUCUUGGUGUCAGAACUUAAAAAAUAUUACAAUGCAUUCAGUUUGGACCCAGAUUCCUUACAGAGGCUUUCUGAGAGAUCAGGAAAGUCAGUAGAUGAGCUAAAAGCUGUAAUAAAAUCUCCUCUCAAUCAUGAAAUAACUAAAGAUCUGGUGAUUAAGUUGUUUCCAAAUGCAAUUCUUUUUGUUGUAGGGUCAGCAGCAGAAUACUUUCUGGGUUUAAUUCCUGUUGUAGGAUCACUAACAGCUGGGCCAGUGUCUUUUGCUACUAUAUACAUCAUACUGAAGGGUUGUCUUAAUGAACUUGCUAAAGAUGCCCAAAAUGUGCUCAUGGCUGCUUUGCAAACAGAAUUAUAAAAAUGAAAGCAGCAUGCAGUUCAACCUCCAAUAUAAAUUCUUAUGACAAAAAAGGCAUUUAGCCAUUAUAAUUUGAAUAAUGGCUUGAGUUGCAGUCAUAUGAGUGUUCUUGGGCACAAUGCACAGCACCCUCUUGUGUCUCAAUGCAUUUAUUAAACAGCAAAAUUAUUUUAAAAAACAAACAAACAAACAAACAAACAAACAACAAAGCAAUAUAAUGAAAUCCAGUACUCAAUAAAUAACAGCUCAGAGAAAUAUCAUACCAAAAAAAAAAAAAGAAAAAAAAAAAAACAGGCAAAGUUUAGUUUUUCUUUUUCAGAACAAUGGCUUAAUUGUAAGUGGUUCAUUAGCUUAAAACCUGGUGCAUUAAUACAUGAUAGGAUUUUACAAUGACUUACAAUGGAUUUUUAA